AUGGAGGAUGGGAGACAACAAAUAAUAAGACAGCGCGGCCAGGUGUUGCCGCUCCCUUGCCCCGCGAUUUCACGCUACGUGUGGGUCCAGCGCGCCCCGCCCCGCGCCCCGCCACCUUCCCCAAUUAAUGUCUUAACCGGCAUUGCCCUCACGGACUCCAUAUUUCCAUCAUCAGAUCCCGAGGGUAAUAUUCGACGUCGGUUCGCAUUUACGAUCGUCGAUGUUAUCGUUAAC